AAGAUGACAUAUGAUUCUUCUCAUUCAUCUGUCGUUGAUUCUUCACCACACCGAUUCUACUGGUGUGUUAUAAAUUAUUAGGGAGCUAACGUUAAGUGUAAUGUUUCCUAUGAUUGAAUGUUGGGUUUGAAUCCUUUUAAAAAAAAUUUACUUGCCGAGUCAAGCCACUAACGAAUAAUUCGCAGAUCAGAUCUAGGCUUCUAGCACAGUAAAAAAAAAAAGAAUUUUAAAUCUCAGACACAAUCUGUACAUUAUAUCUCCCAUAAACACUCCUUCCGCCAGAUCCAAUUCAAACCAAACCUCCAUUUCUCUCUCAUUCUUCUCUGAAAAAUGGGAUUCCCAGCUAACGGAGCUGCAUCCGACAAGCCACUCAAGUUCCUAAUCUACGGUCGAACUGGCUGGAUCGGGGGCUUGCUUGGUAAACUCUGCGACUCACAAGGCAUUGAGUACGCCUACGGCUCCGGUCGCCUCGAGGACCGUUCCUCGCUUGAGGCCGACAUCGCUGGUGUCAAUCCCUCACACGUGUUCAAUGCCGCCGGUGUCACUGGCCGUCCUAAUGUCGACUGGUGCGAGUCUCACAAGGUCGAGACCAUCCGUACAAAUGUUGUCGGCACUCUUACCCUCGCUGACGUCUGCAGAGAGAAGGGCUUGGUCUUGAUUAACUACGCCACUGGUUGUAUCUUUGAGUAUGAUGCGGGUCACCCACUCGGGUCGGGUGUCGGGUUCAAGGAGGAGGAUACACCGAAUUUCACCGGAUCUUUCUAUUCAAAGACUAAAGCUAUGGUUGAGGAAUUGUUGAAGAACUAUGAGAAUGUUUGCACAUUGCGUGUGAGAAUGCCCAUCUCAUCUGAUUUAUCUAACCCUCGCAACUUCAUCACUAAGAUUACUCGAUACGAGAAGGUAGUCGACAUUCCAAACUCAAUGACUAUCCUGGAUGAACUCCUUCCCAUUUCCAUUGAGAUGGCAAAGAGAAACCUCACUGGUAUCUGGAACUUUACAAAUCCUGGUGUGGUUAGUCACAAUGAGAUUCUAGAGAUGUAUCGAGACUAUAUCGACCCUAACUUCACAUGGAAGAACUUCAACCUAGAAGAGCAGGCGAAGGUGAUUGUUGCCCCAAGGAGCAACAAUGAACUCGAUUCUAGUAAGUUAAACCAGGAGUUCCCUGAAAUGUUGCCUAUCAAGGAGUCCCUCAUCAAGAAUGUGUUCAAGCCAAAUCAAAAGACAGCCAAAACUUGACGUCACACAAAUGAAGCAGGGAUUCCUACAGAAUGAAGUCUUCUCCAUAAGUAUUUAUUCAAUCCAAAAUCAUAAGUCCUCUGGGUUGAAGAAGUUCUUAGGUUUGAAGUUUUUAUUUUUUUAUUUAUCUUCAAUUUCUUUAGUUCUAUUCUAUCUAUUAAAUUUUGUUCGUAUGGGUUGUUGUGGACUCUCUAGCGUGCUGUACGAGUUCCUCCUUCCAUACAAUUGCUGUUUCUAUUUUUGUAUUCGGGUGUUGUAUUCAUAACUUGAUCACAAAUAAAUAGUUGGAUGUGAUUUAUCAACGAAUAUACAUAGAAUUGUUAAAAUUUCUUAA